AUGUCUAUCUUAAGCCUACCCAAUGAACUCAUCCACCUUCUACUUAUCAAUUGCAUCCUUUUCCGAGGCGUUGUGCGCGGUCUCAGAUUGAGGCUGGUGUGUAAGCGAUUUAACGAGUGCUUUAUCCCGGCUCUUUAUAACUCACGUAUCCUCGAUGAUGUUUCUGCCCCUCAAAUAGGCCGCCACUGGUGGAUGCGUGAUGAUCAGCAUGGACCUAACAGGCUCUGGCAGCAGUAUCUUGUCGCCCGCGUCCUUGGCGAAGCAGAUCCAGAAAGACUGAUAUAUGGCACAUUCACCCCUCCACCGUGGAGCAAAUACCUGAGCAGCCUCCCCAUCAUCUCUAUAGGUAUAUUCGCCAACCAAUACUUCUCCCGCACACCAGCCAUAUACGAUUUUAUUACCGAUAGUUUCUCUUAUGAUACCAAUACGGAGACCGAUAAGCAGAUUCGGCAACGCAAUCAGAUCGCACAAUACGCUCGAUACGGCAAUGUGGUCAUGGUACGCCAUGUUUCCGGCCCCAGUUCAAAGAUCAGGGGUGGUACCCGUGGCAGAUAUGGCAAUCCUCUCUACCAAGCCUGUCGCGGAGGCUAUGAAGAUAUAGUCGAUUUUCUGCUCGAUCGGGACGUGGAUCACCAUGGCCAGGUGCUUAACGCGGCCACCCGGGCUGGAAGUGUAGAGAUCGUUAGGAAAAUUCUUGAGCGUGAAAUAACAUUUGAAACAGACUUCACCCCUCGUGAGAUUCUGACAGAAGUUAUCAAGUGUGAGAAUUUACCUAUGCUCCAUUUGAUUUUGGAACAGGGGUAUAACGUUACUUUGGGACGAUAUGAUGAAGCAAUGGAAAUGGCAGUGGCUCAGGGGCUUGAGUCAAUGAUAGAUUGUCUAAGAGGACUUGAAAUAGUAGAAGACCCUCCCUACUUCUCAAACCGGACGAGUCAUGGCAGAUGA